UUGUCAAUUAUCGUCGAUAUCGAGUAGGCAUCGACACAAGUACCAGCUCUAAUUCGCACGGAAUUUGUUUGUCAUUCAAGAAACAAUUAUAAUUCGCCGCAUUUUUAUUCUAAAAGCGCUUACGAAUAUGUAUCAGCCAUCACUGAAAGUCCAGCCCGCCGAGGUGUCCGUGCUGAACGCCACCGGCCGUGUGGGAAUGCCCACCGAGGCCAACUGCCUGAACCAACUGGCCCACGUCCACCGGCUGCGCGACUCGGAGCUGAACUACAACGAGCACCAGUACAACCGCAACAUGCAGAUGCUGCGCAACCACGAGGGCCUCGGCGUGCCCCUCAAGAUGGGCAUGGAGCGCUUCGCCGCACGUCAGGUGGGCCGCCUGCCCUUCCUUUCGUCCAGCAACUUCAUGGACGAUGUCCUGACUGGCCGCUGUGAUUCCAUUGGCUUCGAGGACUUCAUGAACUUGCCCGAGAACAGCGAGCAUAUGCGUCAGCCCCACGCUGUGGUGGAGAAAUCUCUGGGAAUUUACCAAUAAGUCCCUGCAAAUGAAGUUGCUAAAUGCCUGGCAUUCAGCCUUUAAACUCUAAGACACUCUUAAGAUCAGCAAAUAAAAUAUAUUUUGGUGCGACCAGCUAGAGGUAAACAAAAUUCACCAUUUCUUUGAGCCAAAUUUAUUCGUAUUUCGUUUGUUUAACUCCACAUCAAUACAUUUAACUAGUUCGUUAAACUUACACAUUUUAUUCAAACAAAUCUAAAAACUACACGAAAAUAUUGGCAGAAGGUUGUUGUACUGAGGAGAUUCGUUAAAAUAAUAAACUGAAGAGAUAUGCGUUGACAUCAUUCAUUAUUUGUAAAAAUAAAACAAGAGAUGGUAAAAUGGACGAAUUCGUUUCGUAAAAUUAGGCUUAUACUUAAGGAAAACUGAAUUGUAAACGGAGGGCGCAUUUCAACUUAUACAAACAUUGCAUAUAUACAUGAUUUAUAUUUAAAGAGGAAAAUGACAGUAAUUGAGAUAAACAUAGUUAAUAAAACGCAUUACAUUCCUCAAGCAAAACACGUCUAAUCAACAAUAAAUAUUGAAAUCGCUAGCGUUUU